UAUUUUAGAGAAAUACGAAGAGCAAACGGGACUUGGCUGUUGUGUUGAAGAAAUGUAAACAAAUAGCCGAAGUUGUUGCUCGCUUUUCCAAUUAUUUUGUGGGAUAUAACUGCUGAAGAAUGCGUAACUAUGAAGGUGUAGAAACCAAAUAAACCUUUCAAAAGUUUGUUUCAGUGUGGGCCCACAAAACUGCAUGUGUUAGGCAAUGCUAUGAAACUUAGGCCUACUCUUUACCAGUGGUGGAAAUAGAGAUAAAUUUAUCUCUAACUCUAUCUCUAAUUUAUCUCUCAUUUCAGAGAGAAAUAAAACAUAUAUACUUUUAAGUCAUGUCUCUCGCUGGGCAUGGUCCUCCAGCAUUCUUGCUGGGUUAGAGACUGUUGUGUUCAUGUUCUGUUAUGGGGGUGGGACCAGUUAGCUGGGGCAGUGCACCAUGACUGAGGGCCCUUCUGAUGGGAUUUAUGGGCUUUGGCCAUUUGUAAAUAGUUCUAUGGGGCAUGGAGGUCCGCAUAGAAGGCUGUUUUGGUGUGUGGCUCUUCUUUCAGCACAGAUGACCUUAUGGUAUUUUGCUGCCAUAAUUGUCUACAGGCUCCCCUGGACCUGGCAGUGCAGCAAACUAAUGAUGAAGUUCAUCCAUGCAGGCUUGAACUUGCUGGCCUUCAUCUUUGCUGUUAUAUCACUGGUGGCAGUUUUUGACUUCCACAAUGGUGCCAAAAUCCCCAACCUGUACAGUCUGCACAGCUGGCUGGGGCUGGUAGUUGUGAUACUGUACGGUAUGCAGCUUGUUCUUGGAGUUGGCAUGUUCCUGAUACCAGUUACACCUGUAUCCUGGAGAGCAGCACUUAUGCCUGUUCAUGUCUACAGUGGUCUUUUACUCUUUACCAGUAUUAUAGCUGUGGCACUCAUGGGCAUCACAGAGAAGCUUAUUUUUGGUCUGAACAACCCAAAAUACAAGGACUUGCCUCCAGAGGCGAUUUUUGUGAACAUCUUGGGAGUCUUCCUGGUGGUUUUUGGAGCUCUGGUCCUCUGGAUUGUCACUCGACCAUCUUGGAAACGUCCCAGUGAGCAGACCUUACAUAUUUUGCAUACCAGUGGGGGAGGUGAGGACAGCACCAAAGUUGGUCCAGCCAUGUCUCAGCUGUCUGUUGGAACUGAUGCCGAGGCCAGUGAAGAUGUCAGGAGGAGGAAUAAUAGAUUAGAUGAUCAGACUAACUAAUCACUGAUGCUGUCUCCAGUGUUGAUACAUGUUCACCCAGUCUACUCGGGUCAGAGAAAGUCAAAAUGAAUAAAUGCGAUUCUGCUGA